GCAGUUGUCACUGCGACACCAAUCGAGAAACACUUAAUCAUUUUUUAUUCCAAAAAAAAGUAAAAAAUAAUACCCAUCAGUAAACAAAAAUCGACAAAUAUUUAUCCAAGCCCUAUAAAAGAAAAAAAAAAGUUCCAAAAAAAUUAAUUAAAUAAAGUAUAAAAAUUGAAAUUUUAUUUCUUUCAAAGUUUUACGAUUUGACGCAUUUUGCAAUUUAUAUGAUAAUUUCUCUUUGUUUUUUUUUCACUUAAUUUUUUUUUGUUUUGUUUUAAGAACUACGUCAAUUUUUUAAAUAAAAGUUUCACGUGCAGUGUGAGUUUGUGAAUCAGACGAGGAAUAAACUAAUAAAUGAAGGUAAAAUUUAAAUUUUAGAGGGAUUUUUUUUUUUUUUUUUUUUUUUGAAGUCGAAAGACGCAGGUGCAGGAUGUCAAACGCGCGCGCGCAAGAAUUACCCGCGAAUGCAAUCUUGCAUGAGCAACAAGCAGACGAUGAACAGUGUGCAGCAAGAAGCCGGCCCGUUAGCUUCUACGAUAAUUAUAAGGAUGCACCGACAAUGGCACCUUGCGUGACUUCCGCUAUGAGUGACGGGAAUUUAAGUCAAGUUCGUGACGGGGAUGACUCGGGGACUGUCCCGGAAAAUAACAAUAGCAACAACAACAACAACAAUAAUAACGACUAUGGAAAUAGCCGUGUCGGCAACGCCAUUAGCGCUGGCAAUAUUUCAAAAAUUCAAACAUCAAAAGUCAAAGGGGCAGUAUCGACCGGUAAUAUUGGCAAAAUUUUCCGAUCGGAAAAAGAGAAGGAAUUAGGGAGAGCACCCUCAAUGGCAAAUUGCUUGUCAACGACAGUUCCUGUUAAUUUGGCAGCAGCUCAAAUAGCUGGAAGACACACACCCACUAGAAAUUCUCUUAGACACAGUCGAAUGAUUGUUCUCCAUCGCACUGGAAAUAUACCGAGAAAAGCGAAGCCGCCUCUCCUCGGCAAUCCUUGUUUAUCAAAAUUACUGGCAGGAUUGCAAAUGUUUAUCGGAAUAACAAUAACGUCUUUGUCAUUAUUCCUUCUUCUCUGGACGCCCAGUUUGCAAGAUAUCGACAAUCCAUACUGGAGCGGAUUACCUCUCUUCAUCUCUGGAAGUUUUGGAGUAUGCCUUUUGUGUUGCUUCAAAAAAGAAUACCCAAGAAUGAGUCCAGGCUUUUGUUUGACCACAACAAAGAUAAUGAGUGCCUUUCUUUCGACUGUGGCCGCGGUUGCUUGCAUAAUUGUUUGCAUUGCAACAAUAGUGCAUCUGGUACGACUCUCAGGACUCGAAUGCAGUUCCACAAGUUUUGCAAGUUCAGGAUCCUGUGUCUGUGGGACAAUUAAUAAUUCAACACUCACUCGAGAGCCAAUUCUUAAAUAUUACGAUCUCACAUGUAAUGAAGUAAAUAAUUUAUUUACAUAUCUCUUAAUAUUUUCCGCCUUCAGCAAUGCACUUGGAAUUAUUGUCGCUGGCUGGUACAGUUAUUUGCACUUUUAUUCUGAAAAACAAAGACCACAAUAUUUUCAAGUGAGAAGUAAUAUUAAUUCAGCUGGCAGUACACUUAAUUCUAGACCAAUUUACAAUCCAACACACAAUGGACGAUGACGUCCAGGAUUACCGUCGAGAAUACGACGGAAUUACAUUUUAUUUGAGGCCUAUGUUGUAUAGGUGUUGCGGAAGAAGAAAAAAAAACAUUUUAUCCACAAAACUUCCUCUGGAAAAAAAAAUUUUUCUAAUUACAGAAAUAUUCGAUUUUUAAAUGCGAAGCAAACAUUUAAAAACAGUGAUAAAGAGUUUUUUUUAUCCCCGUAAAAAUAAUUCACACAUAUCCGAGUGUUUUUACAAUUUAGUAAACUUCAGUAUUUUAAAUGUAAUUGUAUGUCUGAGAAUUCAUGUGCACGUGUCAAUUUACAUAUCUACUUAAUUUUUAAGAAAUAAUUAAAAAUUAUAAGUCUUGAAAAAUUUCCCUUUUCCGAACUUGAAAACGAAAAUUUCCUCUUAAUAUUUAUUGUCACGUAAACUAGAAAAUAAUUUACAGUUUCAAAAUGUUUCACUUUUAAAUUUUUGAAACUAUUUCCUUCGAACAUGUAAAUUAUUUUCUAGACAUAUAAACAAUGUCGAAAUAUUUCAGAUUCAAAACAUGAAAUCGAUUAAAAAUAUACAAAAUUAAUCUUGUACAAUUGUAAUUUGGUAAAAUAGCCAAAAGUCACAAGAGAUCAAAAUUCAAGAUGAAAGAAAAUUACAAACGAAAAACAAGGAUUAUUUACAGAAAUGGAAAAAAUAAAUCCAAAGAUUCUCUUCACUUUCUGUAACAAAUACCUUUAAUUAUAUAAUUAUAUAUAUAUAUUUAAACGCUUUUACAAUUUGUGUAUAUCGUCAAAGAAUAAUACGAGUGUACCUUAAUUUAAUACUUAUAGUUAAAUAUCGAUAUUUAGAAAAUAAUGCUCACUAGCCUGUACAUAUUAUUUAAAAAAAAACGAACGAUUGAUAUUAAUAUUUUAUUUUAAUAAAUAAUACUUUUUCGAAAAUAUUGUAACUUUUUUUUAUAUUAAAAAAAGAUGAAACUUCUUUUAAAAAGAAAAAUAAUAUUCAACUCACACAAAUUGUCAAUGGAUCAUUUUUAAUUUUUCCAGAACAAAGAAAAAUGAAUCGACGUUUUUGCAUUCAUUUCCAGAAUAUUAUCUAUUUAUAUCCUAGUCUCUUUCGAUGAGAGGUAAAUUAUUGUAAUUGAAAAUUUUGCUUGUACAUCGCUAAAAACAAAAGAAAAAAUAAAAUUCAGUCAAUUACAAAAAAAUGGAAUGUUUAAAAUUGAUUUUAAACUCAAAAUUAUUAAUGUUAAGUAAAAUUUCUAAUUUAGAAAUAAUUGAUAAAAUUUAAUCAAAAUUAUCAAAUUUUUGCGUUUUUUUUAACG